CAUGGAUUAUAAUUAUGCGAUUUUAGGCUUACACUAAAUGCUAUAUUAUAGAACUUAAAUAAUAGACAAAGUGCCAAACUUUUAAUCUGGAUUUUGGUCUUAUGUUUAAAGUUAAAUUAUUGGAGGAAGAUCAACGGUAAAGACUUUCAUGAGUGCUAGUGAAUUACAGUGUAUUUUAAAAUAACCGAGUUCGACUUUGUGGGUUGAUCGAUUCACGAUGUGUCGUCUAGUUCCAUUUGACAUGUAAUCUUCUGAUACUUUCUAAAUUCUAUGUUAAGAAACGCCUGAUGUGCUAUUUUACAAAAAAUGGCAUCAGUGACUUAUUCUCAUAAACUGAAUGAAUCUAAAUACAAUAACUGGGUUAAAGCUGGUUUAGCAGUGUUAUUUACCAAAGAGGGAAUUCAACCGUUCGUUAAUGAUGAAAUAGAACAGUUUCAGCAGAAGUGUUUGACUGACAUUUGUAAAAACAACGGACUUCCAGUUGGAACCACGUGUUCUAGUUGCUGCACAGAAAAUGUUGUUGUUUGUCCUACAAACCGAAUUUGUAACGUUGGACGCGGAAACUGUAGUUUCCAUAGAAACUCUUCCACACUGUAUCAUCCAUCUGGUUGCACUAAUAAGAUUUGUCAUAACUUUAAAACAGAAAUUCAGAACGCCCACCGUUACUACGGCCCGUCUUAUCGUAAUACAGACGCUACCCAAUGGUGCAGCAAUUCCUGGGAAGUGGCCAAAUGUUUCAUGCCACCGGAUGGGUACAAGGACGUGGCAAGUGCAACAGAAACAGACUUCAAUGGAAUCAUCAGUGUUAUCAUGAACUACAAAGGUUUUAAAUCAAAAGUACACGAUAUCAAUUUAUUUGACAAGGGUAGAGAUAUCGGUAAAGCUGUUCGACAUUCCCCGACUUUUGAAGUUAAAGAUACAGACUUACAACUGUACUUAACUGACUUGCAGAAUCUACUCUCGGAUCCUGGAUACUUGGCUACGAAUGCAGAUGCACAGAACGCUAAACAGAAAUUAUCACAGCUACAGAAUGAUACCUUAAUCAUUGGCAAAGACGAUGUCGGAAAAGUCCUGGAUGAUGUUACCAAGGCGAUUCAAGAUAGAAUAAGGACUGAGGGAGAAGUUGCAGUUACAAAAAUUAAAAAAGAUUUAGAAAUUGUUAAGAUGGAAAUAAAUUCUGGAGUAGAAACGAUUUCAUCCCAAAGUGAAAAUGCCGUCAAACUGAUACAAGUCGGCACAGACGAAGGAGUUAAAAAGUUGGAAACUGAAGCUGAUGCUGGAGUGAAAACAAUUGUAUCAGAAACUGCCAAUGCAGUCAAACAGAUACAAGUCGGCACAGGUGAAGGCGUUAAAAAAGUGGCAACUGAAGCUAGUGCUGGAGUGAAAACGAUUGCAUCAGAAACGGACAAUGCUGUCAAACAGAUAAAAGUCGGCACAAAUGAAGGUGUUAAAAAGGUGGAAACUGAAGCGGAUGUUGGAUUGAAGACGAUUGUAUCAGAAACUUGCAAUGCUGUCCAACAGGUACAAGUCGGCACAGAUGAAGGCGUUAAUAAUGUGGCAACUGAAGCUAGUGCUGGAGUGAAAACGAUUGCAUCAGAAACUGCCAAAACAGUCAAACAGAUAGAAGUCGGCACGAAUGAAGGUGUUAAAAAGGUAGAACUUGAAGCUGAUUCUGGAGUGAAGGCAAUUGCAUUAGAAACUGACAAUGCUGUCCAACAGAUAAAAGUCAGCGCAGAUGAAAGCGUUAAAAAGGUAGAAUUUGCAGCCGAUGUUAGAUUGAAAAUGAUUGAAUCGAAAGCUGUCGAAGCGCUAUCUAAGGCAGGAAAUGAACAGAGUGAAGACGUUAAAUACAACAAUCUGAAAAAAGAUCUAAAGUCAGACCUAACGACAUACUACAAAGAGAUUUGCGGAACAAUUCCGAUAUGUCCUUGUUUGGAUGAAGUAGAUGCCCCAUUUAUCAAAGUCUACAUUCCACCAUAUCCAUUGUAUUCACAAGAAACCGACAAAUUGAACCAACUGUCAAAACAAGGUAAAGGACAAGAAACUGAAACAUCAGAGGGAAUACCAGUGAAUUCAUUACAGAUGGUAUUUAACAAAGUGAGUGAGUUGGGUUUUAGGACGAAUCGACACAAAGAGUCGAAAGAGUUCAAGAACAUAUACUUAACUGCAGAGCCUGGUCUAGGUAAAACGUCCUUUGUAAAAUGGUUAGCUCUAAAUUGGUGUCAAGCGCAUAGUCCAGUAAAGAAUGAAUGUUGCUAUUUUGACCAAAAUGACGUAAAUCAGAUGAAAACGUUUGAAUUUCUUUUUGUCAUUUUUCUUAGAGAAACAGAUGCAACUGAAAGUCAUGUAGAUUCUUUGAUAACAAAUAAUGUCAUUAGUGCUCUAGCAAGACAAAGUGCGUACACUCCUGAAGUUCUAGAAAAAGUUAUGUUUAACGAAAAGUGUUUGAUUAUACUUGAUGGACUUGAUGAAUGGGCCAUGUCUGGCAUACCUAAAAGGUCAACAAGAAAAGCAUGCACAUACGUAACAACAUCUCGACCCUGGAGGUUUUGUGUGCUUCCCCUAGAUUCAACCAAAAUAGAUCAGCAUGUAUGCAUUGAGAAAGUAGAACAAGUCUGUUCAAAAAAGCUCAUACCAAGAAUAUUGUCAAUUUUUGAAGAAAGAGAAUGUUUGAGGGAUGAUGCUCUGAACGCAGAUAAUGCAUGUCAAAUAUUUAGAUCAAUGCUUGAUGAGAAAAAGAUAACUCAGUUUUAUAAUACACCUGUCAUACUUGUACAACUGCUUUAUCUGUGGAAUAUAUCAAAAGAAAUUGGUAACUCCCAAAGUGAAAUUUACGGAGACAUCGUCGAUGCAUUGUUUAGCAUUGCUGAGAAAAAAGUUCAACUUCUGGAUAAAUUCAAAUAUCACAGGCCUUCAAAUGUUACAUACUUUAAAAGGUUUUUCUUUGAAGAUUACUAUGAUUUGAUGAUUAAGCUUGGGAAAUUGGCCUUUGAAACACUAUUCUCUGAAAACAAGGGAUCCUCUCUCGUGUUUGAUGAAGCCGUGGCAUUCAAAUACCUUCCAGCCGAUGAAAAUGCUACUACUGAUGUUGUCCUCUCUACAUGUUUGCAGACAGGCUUACUGACAAAGCAGUUUGUGUACGUACGAGCGAGGAGGAAACAAUAUACUUACUCAUUUUAUCAUAAAACAGUCCAGGAAUUCUUAGCAGCUCUGUAUAUACAGUCAGAGUAUUCAGAUUAUAUCGGUGAUGUAAUAAAGAAAAGAUGUAGUUCUGUUUCAUGUAUACUGGAGAUGGAAACUGUGUUUAUGUUUAUGAGUAGCUUCCAUCCAAGCAUAGCAAGUGUGAUUUUACAGUCAUUGCAGAGUACAAUAAAUGAAGAUGAGACAACCGGUAUGUACAGAUGCAAAUACUUAUGCUGGUUUAACAAAGAACAUCGUCAGAUGAAAUCUAUCCAAAAUAUGUUAGUUAGCUGUGUAACAGAGAUUACAACGACUGGACAUGGAUGCCGGCAUUUACCCCUAAUUGAUAUAAUAAUUGAUGACUCAUGCAAAGAAGAAUCCUACUCUGCUUCCUUGAAAAAUCUCCUUAAAUCAAAUGCAAAGAAGAUACAAUCGCUAGUCGUUUCUUCUCGUCUUCUAUUCACCCCAGACGUAAUAAAUUAUUUCCGAAAGCAUUUCGAAUUAUCAGAAGUGUGGUCUGUAUGCAAACUGCAGAUAGACGAAAGUUCUAUUUCAAAUGAUUUGCAUGAUUUGAUUGGUAGAUUUGCGAAAAGUCUUAAAUGUUUAGCCGUUUCAAUUGAUAGCAAGACUGCUUUUGUACCAGGUAUGGUUGACCAUUUUUUAGGACUGAAAACACAGAAACUUGAGACAUUGUACUUAUUUUCUCAUGGAAACGUACACGACAGUAUUUUAGAACAACUUAUUCAUUUCAUUUCACAUCAGACAAUUCUAAAGGAAAUAUGUUUAGCAAUAGAAUUCAGUGUGAAUAGAUACACAACUUGCAAUGUACAUCAGCUUCAUCUGUGUCAGCAUGAACAUUUACAGACACUUUCACUGCAUAAUGUACCCCUAACACAUUUACAACUGAAUGACUACUUACAGAAGCUUACACUGGAGAAUGUACCACUAACACACUUACAACUAAAUGACCACUUAAGAGAGCUUACGCUAGACAAUAUACCACUUACAAACCUACAACUGAAAGACAAUUUAAAGCAGCUCACACUGGAUAAUGUACCACUAACAGAGUUGCAGCUGGUUGACAACUUAAAGGAGCUAAGACUGACGAAAGUACCACUAACACAUCUACAGCCGAAUGACCACUUAAAGCAGCUCACACUGCAUGAUAAACCAAUAACAGACUUACAACUGCAUGGCCACUUACAGGAGCUUACACUGCAAGAUGUACCACUAAUACAGUUUCAGAUGAUUGACCACUUACGGAAGCUUACACUUUUAAACGUACCACUAACACAGUUACAACUGAAUGACACCUUAAAGGACCUUACAUUGAGGACAGUACCACUAACAAUGUUACAACUGAAUGACUACUUACAGAUGCUUGACCUGCGUGAUGUACCAUUAUCACAGUUACAGUUGACGCACAACUUUCAGGAGAUUAACCUGUAUGAUGUACCAAUAAAACAGUUAGAACUAGGUGACAACUUAAAGAGGCUUACACUGACGAAUGUACCACUAACACAGUUACAGCUGAAUGACCAUUUAAAGGAGCUCAGCCUUGAUGAUAUACCACUAACACAGUUACAGCUGAAUGACCAUUUAAAGAAGCUCAGCCUUGAUGAUAUACCACUAACACAGUUACAGCUGAAUGACCAUUUAAAGGAGCUCCGCCUUAAUGAUAUACCACUAACACAGUUACAGCUGAAUGACCAUUUAAAGGAGCUCAGCCUUAAUGAUAUACCACUAACACAGUUACAGCUGGGUGACAACUUACAGAAGCUUAUACUGUAUGAUGUACCACUUACACAGUUGCAGCUGAAUGACAACUUAAAUCAGAUUUCACUGUCGGAUGUACCAUUAACAAAGUUACAACUGGGUGACAACUUACAGUGGCUUAAUCUGAAGAAUAAACCACUAGCACAGUCACAGCUGAAUGACAACUUAAAUCAGAUUUCACUGUCGGAUGUACCAUUAACACAGUUACAACUGGGUGACAACUUACAGGAGCUUUCACUGGAGAAUGUACCACUAACACAGUUACAGCUGAAUGACCAUUUAAAGGAGCUCAGCCUUGAUGAUAUACCACUAACACAGUUACAGCUGAAUGACCAUUUAAAUGAGCUCAGACUUGAUAAUAUACCACUAACACAGUUACAGCUGAAUGACCAUUUAAAAGAGCUCAGCCUUUAUGAUAUACCACUAACACAGUUACAGCUGAAUGACCAUUUAAAGGAGCUCAGCCUUGAUGAUAUACCACUAACACAGUUACAGCUGAAUGACCAUUUAAAUGAGCUCAGACUUGAUCAUAUACCACUAACACAGUUACAGCUGAAUGACCAUUUAAAGGAGCUCAGCCUUGAUGAUAUACCACUAACACAGUUGCAGCUGAAUGACAACUUAAAUCAGAUUUCACUGUCGGAUGUACCAUUAACAAAGUUACAACUGGGUGACAACUUACAGCGGCUUAAUCUGAGGAAUAUACCACUAGCACAGUUACGGCUGAAUGACAGCUUAACAGAAGUUUGGCUGUAUGAUGUACCAUUAACACAGUUACAACUGGGUGACAACUUACAGGACCUUUCACUGGAGAAUGUACCACUAACACAGUUACAGCUGAAUGAUCAUUUAAAGGAGCUCAGCCUUGAUGAUAUACCACUAACACAGUUACAGCUGAAUGACCAUUUAAAGGAGCUCAGCCUUGACGAUAUACCACUAACACAGUUACAGCUGGGUGACAACUUACAGAUGCUUAGACUGUAUGAUGUACCACUUACACAGUUACAGCUGGGUGACAACUUACAGGAGCUUUUACUGUAUGAUGUACCACUAACAAAGUUACAACUGGGUGACAACUUACAGCGGCUUAAUCUGAGGUAUAUACCACUAGCACAGUUACAGCUGAAUGACCAUUUAAAAAAGCUCAGCCUUGGUAAUAUAUCACUAACACAGUUACAGCUGAAUGACCAUUUAAAAGAGCUCAGCCUUUAUGAUAUACCACUAACACAGUUACAGCUGAAUGAUCAUUUAAAGAAGCUCAGUCUUGAUGAUAUACCACUAACACAGUUACAGCUGAAUGACCAUUUAAAGGAGCUCAGCCUUGAUGAUAUACCACUAAUACAGUUACAGCUGAAUGACCAUUUAAAGGAGCUCAGCCUUGGUGAUAUACCACUAACACAGUUGCAGCUGAAUGACAACUUAAAUCAGGUUUCACUGUCAGAUGUACCAUUAACACAGUUACAACUGUGUGACAACUUACAGGAGCUUAGUCUUAUGAAUAUACCACUAGCACAUCUACAUCUAAAUGACCACAUAAAGGAGCUUAUUCUGGAGAAAAUACCAGUAACACAUCUUCAUUUGAAUGACAGCUUAAAGAAUGUUUCACUGAAUGAGGUACCAUUAACACAGUUACAACUGGGUGACCACUUACAGGAGCUUCAACUGCAUGAUGUACCAUUAACACAGUUACAACUGGGUGACCACUUACAGAAGCUUUCACUGGAGAAAGUACCAUUAACACAGCUACAGCUGAAUGACCAUUUAAAGCAGCUCAGACUUGAUGAAGUACCACUAACACAGUUACAGCUGGGUGACAACUUACGGGAGCUUACACUGAAUAAAGUAACAGUAACAAAGUUAGAGCUGCGUGACAAUUUAAUGCGGCUUACACUAAAUGUUGUGCAACUGACACAGUUACAUCUGGUCGAACGCUUACAGAAGCUUACACUAGAGAAAGUACCACUAACACAUUUACAACUGAAUGACUACUUACAGGAGCUUACACUGGAUGAUGUACCACUAACACAUUUACACCUGAAUGAUCACUUAAAGCAGGUAACAUUGCAUGCUGUGCCACUAACACAGUUACAGCUUGGUGACCGUCUACAGAGGCUUACGCUGGAAGAAAUACCACUAACAUAUUUACAACUUAAUGAAACCUUAAAGGAUCUUACAUUGAAGAAAGUACCCCUAACACAGUUACAACUGAAUGACCAUUUAAAGGAGCUUAAUCUGAUAAAUAUACCACUAGCACAGUUACAGCUGAAUGACCAUUUAAAAAAGCUCAGCCUUGGUAAUAUAUCACUAACACAGUUACAGCUGAAUGACCAUUUAAAAGAGCUCAGCCUUUAUGAUAUACCACUAACACAGUUACAGCUGAAUGAUCAUUUAAAGAAGCUCAGUCUUGAUGAUAUACCACUAACACAGUUACAGCUGAAUGACCAUUUAAAGGAGCUCAGCCUUGAUGAUAUACCACUAAUACAGUUACAGCUGAAUGACCAUUUAAAGGAGCUCAGCCUUGGUGAUAUACCACUAACACAGUUGCAGCUGAAUGACAACUUAAAUCAGGUUUCACUGUCAGAUGUACCAUUAACACAGUUACAACUGAGUGACCACUUACAGGAGCUUAAUCUGAUAAAUAUACCACUAGCACAUUUACAUCUAAAUGACCACAUAAAGGCGCUCAUCCUUGACAAAAUACCAGUAACACAUCUUCAUUUGAAUGACAGCUUAAAGAAUGUUUCACUGAAUGAGGUACCAUUAACACAGUUACAACUGGGUGACCACUUACAGGAGCUUCAACUGCAUGAUGUACCAUUAACACAGUUACAACUGGGUGACCACUUACAGAAGCUUUCACUGGAGAAAGUACCAUUAACACAGCUACAGCUGAAUGACCAUUUAAAGCAGCUCAGACUUGAUGAAGUACCACUAACACAGUUACAGCUGGGUGACAACUUACAGGAGCUUACACUGAAUAAAGUAACAGUAACAAAGUUAGAGCUGCGUGACAAUUUAAUGCGGCUUACACUAAAUGUUGUGCAAUUGACACAGUUGCAUCUGGUCGAACGCUUACAGAAGCUUACACUAGAGAAAGUACCACUAACACAUUUACAACUGAAUGACUACUUACAGGAGCUUACACUGGAUGAUGUACCACUAACACAUUUACAGCUGAAUGAUCACUUAAAGCAGGUAACAUUGCAUGCUGUGCCAAUAACACAGUUACAGCUUGAUGACCACCUACAGUGGCUUACGCUGAAAAAAAUACCACUAACAUAUUUACAACUUAAUGAAACCUUAAAGGAUCUUACAUUGCAGAAAGUACCCCUAACACAGUUACAACUGAAUGACCACUUACAGGAGCUGACACUGGCAAAUGUACCUCUAGCACAUUUACAACUUAAUGAAACCUUAAAGGACCUCAUAUUGAAAAAAGUACCACUAAAUCAGUUACAACUGAAUGACAACUUACAGAAGGUUAAACUGGCAAAUGUACCUCUAGCACAUUUACAACUUAAUGAAACCUUAAAGGACCUUACAUUGAAGAAAGUACCACUAAAUCAGUUACAACUGAAUGACAACUUACAUACUCUUCUACUGUAUACUGUACCACUAACACAGUUACGGCUGAAUGGCCACUUAAAAGAGCUUACACUUGAUGAUGUACCACUGAAACACUUACGACUGGGUAAUCGUUUAAGGAAGCUUACACUGGUUGAUGUACCACUAACACAGUUACAGCUGAAUGACCACUUACAACAGCUUACACUGAAGAAAAUACCAAUAACAUAUUUAUUCCUUAUUGACCACUUAAAGCAUCUUACACUGAAUGGUGUACCACUAGCACAGGUACAACUAAAUGACCAUUUAAAGCUGGUUUCACUGCAUGAAGUACCACUAACACAGUUACAGCUGGGUGAUCACGUACAGAAGCUUACACUAAAAGAUGUGCCACUUACACUUUUACAGUUGAAUGACAAAUUAAAGGACCUUACACUGGAGAAUGCAUCACUACCUUAUUUACAGCUAGGUAACCACUUACAGAAACUGGCUAUGAAGAAAGUUGCAUUACCAAAUUUACAGCUGAACGACCACUUAAAUGAGCUGACACUAGAGGAAGUAACACUAACACAUUUACAACUGGGAGAUCAUUUACAAAAGCUGACACUGAAGAAAUUAUCUCUCACACAUUUACAGUCAAAUGACCACUUACAGACGCUUACGCUGAAGAAUAUACCAACUAUGCAUUUACAACUGGAUGACCAUAUCUCACAUAUUAGAAAUAUGCACCUAAUAUCGAUUUCAUUGUCAAACAGUACAUGUAACAUACUCUUAGAUAAAAUAAUGAACUGUGAGUCAUUGAAGAUUGAAGAUGUCACUCUAAAAGAUACCAAUCAGACAGAGCACCAGGACACAGAACGAAUUGACAUUUUACAAGUUAAAGGUCAACAUUUUACGUCUAAUAGGAAAUCAUUUGAACUACAGAGUUUAAACAUGAAUAGCAAAGUUUUGCAAAAACUUGUGGAUACACUUCUUAAAAGUGAGCAUUCUGCAACAGUGUCACUAUCUAACGUUACUGUGGAAGACGUUACCAGUACAGAGCAGCAGGAGAUAGUAAAUCAGGACAAUACAUCAGUACUUGCACUAAGCGGGCAUAGUUUUACACAUGGUAAGAAAGAGUUUAAAUUAAAUGAUGUUAUAAUAUCAAACAGGACAUUCAAGCAGUUUGUGGAUACGGUGCAAGAAUGUCGGUAUCCAGUCAUAGUAGAGCUGUGUUCGUGGAACGGUGGUAGACUUGGUCUCAAGUCUCGUCGCUACCCCAGUGUAUCUGUGAAUGAGGACGUCACGAAGGUUCGCUCUACUGUGUUUUAUCAUGCCAAGCAAAUUCUUAAAGCUCGUUUCCAAACUACUUCGUAUGACGGUACCAUAAUUGCGAGAGUUGCAAGCUGGAAUUUAAGAUCCGAGGCAGAGUUGCCUAAAGUUAAAAGUCGGGUACCAAUUCCUUACGAAGCAGCAACCUCUGUUACUCGACCUAAAGCUUGA